GGCAACGUUAAACUUUUCUGCUUCACAUGGUUCAGUAAUUCUUCACUAUUGUUGCGAAUGUUAUUGUGAAUAUAAGAAGAGUGUGCUGAGAUUUCUUACAGCGAUUCAUGGUUAAUUUUCCAAAUAAUUUACAUCUCAAUUAAGAAAAAAAACAUCAAGUUUAAGUUUUAAGUAAGAAAUUAUUUUAAGGUUAACGUUGAUUUUUCUAAAUUUCCAAGCAGCAUAGAGAAAACGCACGAAAUUUAAAGAAAGGAAAUUUUUCCGCUGAAAUUUUUGUAAAUUAGACCUUUUAAGAAACAUCAUUUAUUCAGGAUGUACAAUGGCAUUGGGUUGCCCACUCCACGUGGUUCCGGCACUAAUGGUCAUGUACAACGUAACUGGGCGUUUGUGCGCCCUGGCAAGAAAGAUAACAAUUAUCGUACAGAAGAGGACAUUAAAAGAUUGGAUGCUACUUUAAACAGACCGCCUAAUAGAGAAAUAUUAGAUCACGAUCGUAAACGUAAAAUAGAAGUCAAAUGCUUGGAAUUCGAAGAAAUCUUGGAAAAACAAGGUUGUAUACCAGACGAAAUCAGGGCCAAAGUUGAUUCCUAUAGACAAAAAUUAAUGGGACAAGGCAAAGUUGAUGUACCAAGAGAUGAGUUUGGCAGAGUCUCAAUUCGUGAAACCCAUCAAAUAGCUGAAGCACAACAAAAGAAAAACGCAAAAUUACGCGAAGCCUUUAACAUUUCUGAAUAUUUCGUGGAAGGCUCGAGUUUCGAUACAGAUCGCAAAGCUAAAGAAGAUUUAGCCAAAAGUUUGGCUUUACAAAAAGAACUGGACGCUCAACGUGAACAAGCAGCUGCUACGUCAGCUAAAGCUAAGGACAGCGUAAAACGUUAUGGCAUAGUACGUACACCAUCAAAAGAAAGAGAAUUACCAACAGGAGGUGUUAGCGGUGGCGUUGGUGCUGGUGCCGGCGGUUCAGGUGAUGAUCAUACAACCCAAAAAAAGAAGAAAAAGAAGAGAACGCGUGAGAGCUCUGCUAGUCCUGAACGUAAAAGAGACAAAAAGAAGAAAUCAAAGAAGCAUAAGAAAGAAAGGUAA